CAAGAUCUGAAUUUGGCACGUGAAUUAAAAAAUCUUCUGUUUGGCUCUAGUCUUUGUUGCUUCAGCGAGGAAUGGAAAAUACAGAGUUUUACAUUUAAUAACUUACCCCAGUUAAAAUACGGCAUUGUGCAAAAAAAGGGUGGCCCAUGUGGAGUCCUGGCCGCAGUUCAAGCUUGUGUCCUACAGCAGCUUAUCUUUACAGACAGUAACAGGAAUAAAGACACUCGUUGUCUUCAGCCUUCCGAAGUUCACAGGACCAAAUGCCUCACCAUGGCUAUUGCAGGCAUCUUGUGGCGUGCAGGAGGCAAUGAAAAAGCAAUUGUGGCACUGCCAUCAGGAAGACAACAGUUCACUCCCGUAGGAAAAUACAAGGCAGAUGGAAUCCUAGAAACUCUAAUGCUACACAGUGCCACCAGGUAUGAAGAUCUGAUUGUAUUUCUUCAGCAGAAUAUUCACCAGUUUGAAAUUGGUCCCUGUGGGUGCAUCCUUCUGACUGUGUCUGUCAUCUUAUCAAGAUCUAUCAAUCUUGUGCGCAAUGAUUUUGAUGUGCUAACCAACCGACUGAUUGGCAGCCAUGGCUAUUGUACUCAGGAAUUGGUGAACUUGCUUUUGACUGGCAAAGCUGUGUCCAAUGUUUUCAACAAUGUGAUAGAGCUGGACUCUGGAAAUGGCAAUAUCACCAUUUUGAAAGGUAUCACGAGCCGCAGUGAUAUUGGUUUGCUGUCUCUCUUUGAGCACUAUGAUGUUUGUCAGGUUGGUUGUUACUUGAAGACCCCUAAAUACCCCAUUUGGUUGGUGUGCAGUGAAAGCCACUUCAGUGUGCUUUUCUGUUUGGAAAAGGAUUUACUAGAUGACUGGAAAACAGAACGGAGAUUUGAUCUAUAUUAUUAUGACGGCUUGGCCAACCAGGAAGAAGAAAUUCGGUUAACAGUUGGUACGUACAGCUCAGCAACUCUGUAUUUCAUCUCUGGUGGUGGCAACAGCAUCACACAAGAAAGAAGAAUCCAAUAA